AUGCUACGAACAUGGCUCCUCCGCAACGCUGGAGUAGCUCGCCCUCGACGGUGCUUGCAUCGACUACGUGAACAGCAGCUUCAGGCCUGGAUUCCCGGCGGCAGUCACCUCGCAUCGUUUCCCCCCAUUCGCCGUUCACUCACCACCGAAGUCGCUUCGGAGCGUCGCGAAGAACGCGUCCCGCUACGGAAACAGCUCAAGGAUGAGGCAAAGAGCUUGAAAGCCCAGAAGAGGCAGAACAAAGGAAAUGACGAACCACAAAGACACGAGGGAUGGGAAUUGACCGUCGGGAUCGAGAUCCACGCCCAAUUGAACACGGAAGCGAAGCUCUUCUCAAGAGCCCCGACCUCUACCAGCGAUGUGCCAAACACCAACGUCGCCUUAUUUGACCUGGCAUUCCCAGGGAGCCAGCCGGAAUUUCAAGUUGCGACCUUACUCCCUGCCUUGCGUGCGGCGAUCGCCCUCAAUUGUGAAAUCCAACCCGUGAGCCGGUUCGAUCGAAAGCACUACUUCUACCAGGACCAGCCGGCGGGAUAUCAGAUCACACAAUACUAUGAGCCCUUCGCAAAAAACGGCUAUAUCGAUCUUUACGACUACGAUGGAAUUGCGCCGGAGGAUGGCAAGAGAGUCCGCGUUGACAUCAAGCAAAUUCAGCUGGAGCAAGACACGGCGAAGUCGCAGGAGUAUCCUCCUUCCAUGCAGCUCCUGGAUUUCAAUCGGGUCUCGCAUCCUCUCAUCGAGAUCAUCACCAUGCCCCAGAUCCACUCCCCAGCGACGGCGGCCGCGUGUGUCAGGAAGAUCCAGGCACUGUUGCAGGCUACCAGUGCUGUCACGACAGGGAUGGAGUUGGGUGGCCUGCGAGCAGAUGUCAACGUUUCCGUCCGUAAACGCGACGAAGGCCCUGGAGCGCACCAGUAUCACGGGGUUGGAGGGCUUGGUCAGCGCACGGAAAUCAAGAAUCUAAGCAGCUUCAAGGCGGUCGAAGACGCGAUUAUAGCCGAGCGCAACCGCCAAAUCGCGGUCCUCGAGAGUGGUGGAACCGUGGAGGGCGAAACGCGGGGCUGGACCAUUGGCAGUACUGAGACUCGCAAACUCCGGGGCAAGGAGGGAGCAGUCGACUAUCGCUACAUGCCCGAUCCCGAUCUGGGCCCUCUCAUCAUCGACCCCCAGCUCGUCUCCACUCUGGGGGAUACGCUCCCUGUCUUACCCGACGAUCUACUGAAUAUGCUUAUUGGCCCCACGUAUGGGCUUUCCAUUGAGGAUGCGAAGCCGCUGCUCGAACUGGAUGAGGGCUCCAGGCUCGAAUACUACCAAGAUGUUGUUGAUGCCCUCCGUGCCCUCCAACAAGAUGAGAAUGAGACUCCCCAGAAAUCCCUCGGCAGGGUCGCGGGGAAUUGGGUUCUACAUGAAUUGGGAGGGCUCUUGACCAAGGCAGAUCUACCAUGGGAUCCGGAGCGAGUGCCCGCGCAGAAACUCGCGGAGAUUAUCGAUCAGCUCCUGCGAAAACGCAUCACCGGCCCGACGGCCAAGCAGGUGCUGGCGAUGGUCUUUGACGGAGACCAGCGGCCGAUCCAGCAGCUGCUCGAGGAGGAGAAUCUCAUCCUGCGGCCGCUGUCACGAGAAGAGUACCUGGCGUUGGCCGAGGCAGCGAUCAGCAAGAACCCGCAGCUGGUGGCACAGAUCCGCGAGAAGAACCAGCCGGGCAAGCUGGGGUGGUUUGUCGGGCAGAUGAUGCGGAUGGGAGAGAAAGGGCGUGUGGAAGCACAGCGGGCGGAGGAAGUACUGCGAGAGAUCGUUCUGGGGCGUGGCUGA